AUGAUUAAACAACAGCAACCACAGCAACUUAAGGCACAAAGCACCCAGGUCCCUCAGACCAUUACAUACGCCAUAUAUGCAUAUAAUUCAAAGACGGCAGAACAAACGCAAAGGUUGAAAUAUGGAGAUUUGGAGAUAGUAUUGAAAAAUGACCAUUUCGAAUUCGUUUGCAAAGGUGGUGCAGUGAUAUCAAAUAUAAAAGAAAUUUUAUUUAUGAAUUCUAAAAUUAAAGGUAUAACGGAUGAUAUAACAUCAAUUCCACCAGAAGAACAAAGAUAUUACGCAUUAAAUGCAUUUCCUAAAGUUUUGAAGAUUGGAAGAUUUAAUUUAAAUGAGGAAUUCAUAAAAGGUUUCCUAAAUGACAUAAUGAAGAAAGCAGAUAAGGAAUAUGUUGCUGCUGUGUUAGAGAAGAAAGCAGAUAAGGAAUAUGUUAACGAAAAAGAUAAUGAAAUUAAAGAAAGGGUUGAAUGGUAUCAUGAAUGGACAUCAAAGAUUUUAAAAACUAAAGCCGAUACAGGAUGGGUUUCAGGAUGUUUAGACCUUAAAGCGGAUAAAACUUAUGUUAACGAUGAGUUAGAGAAGAAAGCAGAUAAAACUUAUGUUAAUGAAGAAAUAAAACAAUCAGAGGUCUAUUUUACUCCGCCAUUUUUAAAUUUUAUGAAAUCAUCAGAUAAAACCUUUGAUAUAGAUUCCUUUGAAUGGAUAUGUUUCGAUGGAGUGACCAUGUAUUUAUUUUAUACAGCUGGAGUGCUUUAUUAUUUUAAAACAAAUGAUUUUCAAAACUAUGAAUCAUUUACUCCAUCUGUUUUGAAUCCUGAUACACGAAAGCCAAUCAUUAAUCCAAGAAUUUUAUAUGUUGAAUAUAAUAACGGCAAAUUUAUGGGAAUGAUAACGGUUGAAGAUGAUUUUUGCCCUUGUUAUUCAUUCGAUUGUAUCCAAUGGUUCAAAUGUAAUUUAAAUCAAGAUGCUAAAUUUAAAUAUCCAAAUAAUCCUAUUAGAUGUGUUAAUAAUAAAUGGGUACUAAUUUAUGAA